AUUUAUUUUAUUUGAAUUUCAUUUUCUUACAAAAACAUAAAAAAAAACGAAGAAACAUUUCACAAAAUGGCAUUAUCAAAGAAGAAUCAAAUAAUUGAAAAUCCAAAAAUUCGAGCACAGAUUAUUCCAACACAACAACAACAGCACAAUAAUAACAAUGAUGUCACAUCCAAAAAACAAUUUGAGGACGAGAAUAUUGAAUUUUCUCAAAAUGAAAAAUGGCGAAUUAUUAAAAAUGUAUUAAUUAUUGCAUUUGCAUUCAUGUUACAUUUCACAGCAUUCUUUGGUAUCACAAACUUACAAAGUUCAAUAAAUGCAAAUGGAGCACUUGGAACGUACACUUUAGCAGCUAUUUAUGGAGCACUUAUUCUAUCAAAUAUUUUCCUACCAGUUUUAAUGAUUAGUUGGUUUGGCUGUAAAUGGACGAUAGCCAUAUCAUUUAUCAGUUAUAUGCCAUAUCUGAUGGCACAAUUUCAUCCAACAUUCCUCACAAUGAUUCCAGCUGGUUUGGCGGUGGGUUUCGGUGGUGGACCGUUAUGGUGUGCCAAGUGUACAUAUUUAACGGUUGUUUCGGAUGCAUACGCUAAAAUCACUGGUGAUAAAUCUGAAGUGAUUGUUAUACGAUUCUUUGGUUUAUUUUUUACAUUGUUUCAAUUAUCACAAGUUUGGGGUAAUUUAAUUUCAUCUGCAGUAUUAUCGGUAAAUGAUGAAGUUUAUUCGAAUACGUCAUCACCAAAUUUAACAACACAAUUAUUCUACGAUACGGAAGCAAUUUGUGGAUCGAAUUUUUGUCCAGAUGUAACGGUUGCUGUUAAUCCAAAUUUAAAACCACCGUCCGAAGAGAAAGUAAAUUUAAUUUCAAGUAUCUUUCUUGGAUGUAUGAUUAUGGCCUCGUUACUCACUGCCUUUGGAGUUGAUUCCCUUAAAAGAUACAAUAAAAAUCGUGUUGGCAGUGCCACUGGUUUAUCUGGUCUCCAAUUAUUAGCAGUGACCGUCAAACAGCUCUUCAAACCAUAUCAAUUAUUAUUAUUUCCAAUAACAAUGUUUAUUGGAAUACAAAUUGCAUUUUUAUCGGCUGACUUUAAUGCGUCGUUCGUGUCAUGCGGUUGGGGUAUCAGUAAUAUUGGAUUCGUAAUGAUGUUGUAUGGAAUCUCAAAUGCUGUAGCAGCCACUUGCACGGGUGCUUGUACGAAGAUGAUUGGACGUGGUCCAAUGAUUGCCAUUGGUACAACAAUUCAUGUGUCCAUUUUGGUUACAUUAGCAAUCUGGAAGCCACAUCCAACCGAUAGACUGAUAUUCUUUAUCGUUGCUACAUGUUGGGGCGUUGGUGAUGCAAUUCUAUUGAUUACAAUUAAUGCUUUAAGUGGAAUUUUAUAUCCAGGAAACGAAGAAGCUUCCUAUAGUAACUUCCGUUUUUGGGAAUCGGUUGGAAGUGUUUCCGGUUACUUGUUAAGUGCAUAUUUAUGUACUUCCAUUAAAAUAUAUUUAAUAAUGGGUUUAUUAUUUAUUGGCAUUGUUGGCUACACAAUUGUUGAAUAUUGUGAACAAAAAUGUCAGGCAGCCAAAACUGCAACAAUACAAAUAACCAGUGAUAAUAAAAUAUUUGAACUUGUUCCAACAAAUAUUACUACAAGCAAUAAUACAACGGAUGAUAUUGUCGAAUAAAAUGUUCAAUUUAGAUAAAUAAUUUAAUUAUUUAAUUGAGUAUUUUUAUGUCAACAGCAAACGCAGAUUUAGAAAACGGCUUUGGCGUCACAUGUGACUCCAAAAUUUGAAUCACUUUCAUGAUUUUUGUGAAGUUAAAAAAACUAAUGAUUUGAAUAUUUGCCAAACGUUUUGAGCUCCUCACACGUUCAGAGUUUAAACUAUUUAUCAGAGACUCAAACCCUUUCAUGUUUACAAUAUUCUGUAUAUUUUAUAUUGUCAUAUUAAUCAAUAAUUUUAAAGUUAUUCUCUUUAACCGAUUGAUUAAACCAUCUUUUUACUAUGUAACGAAAAUUGAAGUAGCUGACAUCUGAUGUCCGAGAUUAAAACUCAUCAGUGAUUCAAACCCUUUUUAUGUUUAUAACAUUCUGUAUAUUUAUAUAUAUUCAUAUUAAUCAAUAAUUUUAAGGUUUUUCUCUUUUACCGAUCGAACCAUCUCUUUAUUAUGUAAAAGGAUUGAAGCCUAUACUAUUAUCGUAAUUCGCAACGAAAAUCGAAGUGGCUGACAUCUAAAAUUCAAAAUUAAACCAGGCGUUAUGAUCUCAAAAAUACUCCUAGAUGGAUUCUUGGCGUAUAGACUCAUUUUCACAGUCGGAUUCAUAAUAAAAUUCACUAGACGGUAGAUAUUUUUUUCCAAGCUAGGAAAAUACCGGAAAAAGUAAAUUGCAGUAUUUAGAAAGUGUAAAAAGUAAAAUAAACGGUAGCGAAAAAACAAAUCAUUGUUAUUGAGAUUUUUACUCAUGUUAAAACUUUUAAAGGCCCCAUCUUCCGAAGUUACUUAGAAUUAUAAGCAAGAAAAUGAUUAUAAUAUAUAUUUUCUUUUUGUUGUUUGUGAAAAACAUACCUUAUUAAAGACCCAAACCUUGCUUAAGGUAUUUCCAGCAUGGUAUCUGCAGUUCCUAUGCUAAAGCU